GGACCUUCUCUGUGUUCUCUUUCUCCAACAACUUCCUUCAGAAAAAGAGAGAAAUUUACAGAGAAGAGAACAGAAAGAAAAAAGAAAAAAAAAGGGUUUCCAUUGUUCUUCAUCAUCAUCAUUACAAAAUUCAGUUUGAAAAAGACAGACACCGUGGCUAAGCUGAAAGAAUACGUUAUGGCCGCCGCCGACGACUCUGAAGCUGAUCAACCACCGCCUCAAAACGACGUCGCUCCCCGUAACCCCAUUUCUCUUCCUCACAUGGCUCGUUUCUUCUCUAACAAAGACAAAAAUAAAAUGACAGAGAUUUCAGAUCCUGCUGAGAAAAGUGAUAUUGCAAAGGACAGAGAUAUUGCGUUGGCUCGGGUCGAAUGGGAGAAGAAGAUGGCAUUGAUAAAAGCAUGGGAGGAGAGUGAAAAGAUAAAAGCAGAGAACAAGGCAUACAAAAGGCUUUCUGCUGUUGAAUCUUGGGAGAAUACCAAAAAAGCCUCCAUAGAAGCACAGCUGAUGAAGAUAGAGGAAAAAAUGGAGAAGAAGAAAGCGGAGUAUGCCGAGCAAAUGAAGAAUAAAAUAGUUGGAAUUCAUAAGGAAGGUGAAGAGAAGAAAGCAACCAUCGAGGCAGAGCGAAAAGAACAGUGCCUCAAGGUCGAGGAAGCCGCAGCAAAAUAUCGUACUUCGGGGUUCAUCCCAAAGACUCUACUCAAGUGCUUCAGUGGUUAAAAGAUCAAAUUGCUAUCUCAGAUUUGAACUCUGAUUUUAGUCUUUGCUUGGUUUUGUUUUGAGUUAGCAGGAGAUGACACUCAAGUCUUCCUUUUUAUGUAUAAAGAUCGUAUCAGUUUGCUGUAUUUUACCCGUUGAUCACUUUUCUUAUGUCA